UUUUUUUUUUAGAAUUUUUUUCUAUUCACAUAAAAUUAUAAUUACUAAUUUUUAUUUUCACGGCUUAUCUAAAAAUUUCACAGUAUAAAAAAGGCACAUAUUAUCAUAUCAUUAAUACUAUAAAAUAAAUAAUACAACAAAAAUGACUCGUCUUUUAAUAUUAGCAACAAUUAUUCUUUCCGUCAUUUCAUAUGCGUCAGCCCAGAUUGUUGAUACACUUAAUACACCCAUUGGACCUGUCACUCAAGGUGCAAAAGUAGCAGUUACAUGGGCCCUUCUCCCUGGUGCUGAUGCAGGUACCGCUACUGGGGACUUAUCUGCUACAGAUUCGGCCACCAAAAAUGUUUUAUCAAUUGAUCCAGCAGUACCACUUGCACCCAAAACUUAUUUGUGGAAUGUUCAAGUACCUCCUGGAACUUAUACUCUUGGACUUAAUGAUGGUUCCGGUCUCAAACAAAGUGGUGAAGUUGUUGUUAAAGCACCCGCCGGUGGAGCAGCUCCCGCUCCCGCCCCUGGUGGCGAUGGAAAAACAGCUCCCGCUCCAGCUCCAGCUCCCGCUCCUCCCGCUAAAGGAGCUCCAGCUCCAGCUCCCGCUCCCGGUGAUGGUAAAACAGCCGCUCCUUCCGCUCCUCCUGCUAAAGGAGCUCCAGCUCCCGCUCCUUCAGCAACUGGUGGCUCACCUUCCACACCUUCCACACCUACAGGAAAUUCAUCAUCAACACCAGCUGCAGUAUCAACGGGCUCAGCAUCUUCAAUUUUCCCAGGAUUUGAUGUUGUAUUGAGUCUUUUGAGUGUUGCUGUCGCAAUGUCACAAUUUUAAAUUGGCAACAAUUUAGUUCGAAAUUAUAAGGCUUUUUUACUCCAUUGUAGUCCGAAAUCUUUAUAUAUAGUGAUGUUUAAUUUUUUUUCAAUUACAACCUUUAAUAUCUUAAUAAUAUAAAAAUUAGAUUUUUUUUAAUUAAUUAUUUUUAUGUUAAUCAGAAGAAAUAUCCUUUUCUUUUUAACAUUGUUAAUCAAAAUAAUGAAAUCGCGAAUUUAUAAUGAACACUAAACUUUUAUUUAACUAUUACAAUCAAUAAAUUUAUUCACCGUUCAAACGUCAUAAAAAAUUUCAAAUAGACUGAUUGUAAUUAUUUUAAUAUAAUAAAAUAAAUCGAGGUUUU